AUGGAUACCCCUGAUGCUCACGCCUCCGCGUCGCUUUUCGACAGAGACAAUAAUUCAGUCGUCAAACCUGCCACGAUCCCGUCAGGUAGUACAACGACUCCGCCUGCAUGGAGCUCCUCCUCAUGGAUGCAUGCGAAUCGAUCAAAUACGUACCCAGUCGUGUCAAACGAGCCGCAAUUGAUCUACAAUCCUGCACUCAAUAAUGGUCCCCUGAAAAUUACCUCACGGUUACAGAACAAUGACUUGGCUCUGAAUGUCGAUCCAUAUGGCAAGUCAAGUGGUCCAAGAUCAUCACCGACGAUCAAUGCGCCUCCUGCUCAAUGGGAAUGGGGUGGUUGGUCGCAUAUGCCUGGACGCAUGCCUGAAACUAUGAAUGAAACAAGUGUGUAUGCGCGCAGUUCAUCAAGCGUGCCCUCUGCUUGGACACAGCACUAUCGCGCGAUGCCGCCGCCACCCAAUAGUAGUAUGGAGGUGGCCCCCUCCGUGGCCCUACGCCCGUCUGUUCCUAUGGCUUCGUCGUAUGCUAUUCCCACUCGCAAAGACGUGCUUGCGAACGAGCGCCCUCCUCAAGAAAUUUCCACACUUUUUCUUGCUGGUUUUCCUGAAGAUAUAACUGAUCGUGAAUUCUCCAACAUGUUCUUGUUUGCCAAGGGAUUUGAAGCUUCUAUGCUCAAAUACCCCAAUACAAACGCCGUGCAGCAACUAAAACCUGACGAAGUUGAGGCUCGUCGCGCCGCUGACAAGCGCGUCAGCGGUCCCACUGGAUUGGGCGCCGAAAAAGAAGGGGCAGGGCGUGAUGCAUCAGACCCACAGCCAUCGCCCAAAAGCAAACAAAUUAUUGGUUUUGCUAAGUUCAGCUGUCGCGAAGAAGCGCUACAGGCGCGUGACGUACUGAAUGGAUUUCGUAUCGAUUCGGAACGUGGCUGUAUUCUCAAAGCCGAGCUCGCGAAGAAAAACCUACACACGAAACGCAGUGCUUCGUAUGUUGUGAAUAAACACACGCAUCCUUCACAGCCGAACCGAUCUACAGCCCUGCGUGACACGCAUUCCAUGCUCACGGAAGCGCCUUUGUCUGCACCCAUCCUUGUUUCAUCGCAGUCUCGGAAUGUGAUGCCGCCCUCGUUUACGACUCCACAAGAAGUCCUGAUUGGCGAUCCACGUACGAACAGUGUAGCGUGGAGCGAUCCAUUGGAUUAUCAGGCAUCCAACAGCAUGCUCGGAUCCUUGCAUCAUGAUGCACCUUCGCAUGUGGCUACUACUGCACCUAUCAAUGAAAUGGUCGCACGUCUAGAGACAUUUUCCAAGAAUAUCCCUACGUAUGCGAGUUCGGGAACAUCGAGUCUUGCAAGUCGAAGUGAGAGCCCAUCAUUGGCCCAUCCUCGCAUGGGCGCCAUGGAUGCGAGUACGCGUUCGGGGACGGAGCCUCUACCAAGCCCGCUCGAUUUCAGACGUUCUCCGAGCCAAGCACUUGGACCAAGUCCAAAUGAAGCGGUGGAGCAGCUCCAAUCUUUGUCUUUGUCGGGCGAUACCUCUGGCUUUAGCACGAAGAAUGAAAUGAACCCUCUCUUCACGAUGUCUCAGUCGUCCGACAUGAUAAGCCCCCCCACCCAGUACCCCAUUUCCUCGGCUGCCAUGCCUCACAGUGCCACGAGCCGUUCGUCCGUGAGCCCUGCCAACAGUUCUAUUCAAAGUUCUACUACGGGCGUCAAUGCUUAUGCUGCUCAUGCUGCUCAACCAGCCCAAGGCCCGUCUCCCAACUCUCAUGCCCUGAAGCAGGAUCCUCAAGAAAGUGUCGUGUCAUGUGAUCCAAAGGAUUCCUCCACUUCUUCUUCGUCUCAGGUGGAUGCAAGUCAGACCUCAACCACCACCAAUAUGAACAAAACCAACUCCGGUGCGGGUGGCCUACAUGUGUCGACGGAGGCGGCCAGUCCUCGCGAGCAACACGAGUAA